AUGCCGCGUCCCCCUCCUCUUCCUCACUCCCCUCCUCCUACUCUCCCUCACCCCCCUCCUCACCACCUUUACUCACCCCCUCCCAUCCUUCCUCACUCCCCUCCACCGCUCUCCUCCGCGUUGAAUCUGCUGCAGUCCUCUUCCCGGUGGUCUGAGUGGGGGAGGAGGGUUGCAGCUUUAGCAGAAGUCACCACUGCUUGGCUGGCUGCCUCAGAGGGUCGAAGGUACAAGAAGCAUGAGGACGAGCAAGAGGUAGAGGGUCAACCUCGAAACUCAGUACCACCAGGUUUCCAGCUAAGAGCAGGCGAGGAAGGGCAUGGAAAAGGAGGGGAGGAGAGGAGGGACGAAGAGCGAGUGAGGUCAGAGGAAAGAGAGGAGGGAGGGAGUGUGGAGGCAGAAAGGGAGGGAGGAAGCGGGAUGGUGAAGGGGGUUCAAGAGAGGGACAGAGAUGCGGAGUUAUGGAGGGUUCAGGAUAGCAGAGGGCAGAGUGACAGGAGGGAGGAGAGGCAUGAGGGAAAAUUGAGAGAGAAAGCAGGGGAAGGAGAUAGAGGGAAGGGAGAAAGAGGGGGAAAGAGAAAGGAGGAAGCAGAGGAGGAGCAGGAGCGUGAUGAGGGAAAGGCGGAGGGGUGGAUGAUGGGAAAGCGGGCAAAGGGGGCUGGUACUGACAGCAAUGGUGACGGUGCUGGGGAUGGUGGUUGUGCUGCUAUUGGCGUUGGUGGUGGUGUUGAUGAUGGGACGAAGGAGAGAGCGGAAGGAGAAAGGGGAGACGUGGAGGAAGGGGAGCAGCAGGAAAGAGAGGAGAGGGAGAGGGAGAGGGGAAGGAAGAGGGAAAGAGAGAGGGAAAGGGAGAGGGGAAGGGAGAGAAGAAGGGAGAGGGAAAGGGAGAGGCAGAAGGAGGGUGAGAGUGACAGUGGGUUGGAAGAUAUACCCCUUUCAAAGAGACUGGUGCAGGGAGCAGGGGUGAAAGGGAUUUCUGCUAUAGGGGUGGGAGUGGUGAAGGGGAAGAGAUGUGGCUUUGAGAUGGGAGGAGGAUUGGAAGGGCGAAAUGGACAUGGUGAGGAGAAGGAGGUGAAAAAGGCCGAGAUUAUUAGGGAUUGGCAUGAUGGCAUUGGUGUGAGGGAUGGGGAUGGGGUCAGUCGAGGGAUGACUGGAGAUGCAGGAAGGGAGGCUGGUAGUGGGGAUGGAUUGAGUGGGGAUGAAGGAAGGGAUGGUGACAGGGGCGCGGGUGGAGGAAUUGCAGGCGAAACGGGUGUGAGCGAGAGGAGUGUGAGCGAGAGGAGUGCAGAUGGGAAAAGGAAAGACAAGGGGAUGGAUGUUGUGACACCCCAGCCCCUGUCAGCCCUCCAAACGCUGUUCAGUAGCAGUGCCAAAACAAGGGUGGAUUUUGAGACAUGUCGGAAGGUAGCGCUAGUGGGUACCAGGAGUCUUGGUGGUGGCGUGGUGCUGAGGAGUAAGGGGGAGGAAGAAGAGGAGGGGAAGAAUGACGAGGAGGAGGAGGGAGAGGGGGAGGAGGAGGAGGAGGAUGAGGAUGAUGAUGAGGAAAGCGAGGAGGAGGAGGAGGAGGAGGAGGAGGAGGAGGAGGAGGAGGAGGAGGAGGAGGAGGAGGAGGAGGAGGAGGAGGAGGAGGAGGAGGAGGAGGAGGAGGAGGAGGAGGAGGAAGAAGGGGAGGAGAGUGGAGAGGAGGAGGAUGGGAGUGAUGGAGACGAGGAGGAUGUGGAGAGGGAGGGCGGGAGUAUGGAGGGGAUGGCACGAGGGGUAUCAGAGGAGGAUGGAGAGGAGUGGAUGGAGGAGAGCGAAGGGCAGGAGAAGGAGGAGCUACUAUUGGGUCGAUUUAUGCUGAGGUGCCUCUUUUCCUUCCCCCUCUCCUCACAGGCACUAAGCAGUAGCCAGCAGCCAGUGGAGGGAGGUGUCGUUGCCUCUCAGCCACAGGCUCUCAGCAGCGGUCAGUGGAGGGAAGUGUUGUUGUCUCUCAACCGCCCUCCUUCCGCUCGCUCACAGCAGCCCCCUCUCUCGAUAUCGCACCUCCCACAAGCACACCGCUCUCACCCUCUCCCUCCCUCGCACCUCCCACGUUCGACAUCCAUUCUCCGGCACUCCUCACCCUCCUUCACCCCCUCGAUCCGCCUGGUCUCAUGGGCCAAUACGGCUCACAGCCUCUCCUUCCGUUCCGCCCUCCAAACCGAAGCUGCAGCUUUGGCAGCAGAAGGGCUGGAUUCCGAGCCUACGCAUGCAGCUCCGCCGGAGGUUCGGCAGGUGGCUCGGCAGGCUGUGAGCUCUCCUGCUCAUCUUCCCGAACCUAAGCUGCGUUUGGGGUGUCAGCAGGACGAACCGAAGCUGAGACAAGGGGGAAAAGAAGAAGAAGAGUAUGGAGUGGAUCGUGCUUUUGAGUCGAGUCAAAAACAGGGUGUGGACCGUGCUUUGAUGCGCGUUGAAACGAAACGAGGCCGAGUGGAUGGUGCUGCAGCUGAGACGACUCAAAAGCCAUCCAAGGGGGAGAAAAUGCUGAAUAGAGGUGUUGCAUCUGACAGAAAUGCAGCUAAACAAGGCUUGGGUAUGGAUCGAAAUCACGGGGAGGCUAAGCAAAGAGGUGAUGCCAGUCAUGGGGCAAUGGGUGCUGCGGCUGCUGUUGCAUUGGGGCGGAGAAAAAACGCAGGAGGGGGGGAGAAAGGGUCAUGCGAUGGGGCAGGAGUGAGGGAGGAGGACGUAAGAGGCAGGCUGUUAGGAGGUAUUGGGGAGAGACGGGAAGAGGGGGAAGAGGAGGAUGAGGAGCAAAGGGAAAGCCCUUUAGGAAAGGUUGGAGAAGACAUGGGGGAGGAGAAGGAGAGGAAAGAGGAGGAAGCAGAGGGAGAGGAGGAAGAGACAGAGGAUAGUGAGGAGCGAAAGGCAGGUGCAGUUGGAACUAGGGAGGUGGGAGGGGAGAAGAGGGAAGAGGAGGGAGGGGAGAACAGGGCGGAGGGAGGGAAGAGAAAGGAGGAAGUGGGAGGGGAGAAAAGAGAGGAGAUGGGGGUGGAGAAGCGUUUUGAGGUAAAAACAACUGGCACUUCGUUAAGUGCUCGAAAAGGGUCGGAUGCGAGAGCGAGAAAGUUGGGAGUGUACAAGGGCAGCUAUCUGGACUGGGGUGUGGAGACAAGCGGGAGCAGGGAUAUGGGUACUAAAACGGCUAGUGGCGAUGGCCUGGCUAACGGUGGUGUGGGGAUGGGUGGAGGGAAAACUGCAGGGGCUGCUCUGGUGAAGGUGCGGGGUGAUGGGAAGAGUGCUUUUAUGGCUGCUUUUGAGCAGCGAUUGCAGGCAGAGUUUCAGGCGAUGAGAAGUGGUGGGCAGGGCGUGGGACAUGGGAGUGUGUAUAGGCACAGUUCGGGUGCAGAGAGGGGUGUGAUUGUAGGGAGGGGAAAGGAGGAGGGGAGGGGCGAACAAAUGCAAGGGGAGCAACAGUCAUUCGUUGCAGGCCACAGGAAGGAUGACUGGCGGGAGGAGUGGGUGAGGAGGAAGAUGAGGGAGAAUCAGAUGGAGAUGAAAAGGGAGAGGGAGAGGGAGAGGGAGGCAAAAGGAGAGGUAGGUGGUGGUAACACUUUGGAAGAUUCUCAAAAGGCUCAUAAGAAGGAUGACUGGCGGGAGGAGUGGGUGAGGAGGAAGAUGAGGGAGAAUCAGAUGGAGAUGGAGAAGAUGGAGAGAGAAAGGGAGCGGGAGAGGGAGAAAGAGAAGAGCAGAGUGAGGGAGAGGGGUGAGGAGAAGGGCAAGCACAGGAGGAAGGAGAAGAAGCGAAGCAAGAGUAGGCGAUUCACAGAAUGGUCGUCUGAUGAGUGGAUGGGAGCGGAGGAGAGCGAAGGGGAGAGGAAAGGGGACCUGGUGCAGGUGUGUCUGGUGCAGGUGUGUCUGGUGCAGGUGUGUCUGGUGCAAGGGAGGGCGAUUGGGAGGGCGUACUAUAAAGGGGAUAGAGGCGAGGGCGCGGGAGAAUGGGAAGCAGACCGCACAGGGCCGGGCGCAGGGGCUUCCAUGUGCACUCCCCGCCUGCUCUCCCGAGCGAAUCUUUUCCAGGCCAACCUCCCAGGUUCCUCUUCCCGCCUCCCUCUGUUUGCCUCUGCUGCAGGGGGUGGAGUGGGGUUGCUAGGAGGAGGAGGAGGAGCAACAGGGGAGGAAGCAUGGGAGGGGAUGGGUGCGGGCAAUAGCAUGGGGAGUGGUGCUCUCUCCCUGAUCGGCAGUGCAAGGAGCAGCAGGGCGCUGCUGAGGCAGCUAGCGGUGGGUUCAGAGAGGUUGGAAGGGGUGAGGUUCAAGCAGCUGAAGGGGAGGAAGAAGAAUCUGAAGCUGGUGCGGAGCCGGAUACACGGGUGGGGGUUGCUGUCUCUGGAGCGCAUCGAAGCAGGGGACUUCAUCAUCGAGUUUACUGGAACAAUUAUCCGCCGAUCGUCGCCCACCUGCCGUUACUGCAAGAAAACGGGUCACACCAUCGAUGAAUGCUUCAAAUUGAAGAAGAAGAAAGAGCUUGAAGAAAGCUCUAAACGGGAGAAAUCCGUCUUCCAACCUUCGGUGCAUGUCUCCACCAGCUCCUCUGCUGAAGCUACUCCGACCCCCACACCACCUCCUGCCCCAUCAACCCCUCAGUCCGUACCUGAUUCCCAGUACGUGGACAUUGCUGUCAGCACCAGCCACCACCCCAUCUUCUCCACAUGGACUCCUCUCGUCGCUGCUGUCUUCAUUCUCACCAUCCUCCUUCUCCUCCUCCUCUUCCCUUAUGGGGCUCCCUACGCAUCGGCAUUCACGGCCUCCUCAUUCAAUAUGGAGCGGACUUCGUCGUGGCUGGUGGACAGCGGCGCAUCCUCCCAUAUCUGCUCGGAUCGUUCGCUGUUUUCGUCUCUCAAGAAGCCCAACGAAGAGAUCCUUGUUCGUUUUGGUGGAGGAGAGACUUACAAGGUCUUGGGAGUCGGCACGGUGGUGGCUACUCUUCGGUCACCAACAUCGGAAACCACCAUUCAGCUUGACAACGUUCUAUUUCUCCCUUCAUCAGUUCACAACCUGCUCUCUGUUCGUGCGCUUGGUGCUGUCGGCGUUGCCGUCUCGUUCCCCGCUGCUGGGCGCGUUGUUCUCACAUCUGAUGACGUUCCUAUUGGCGAGGGCUACACCCGCAACAAUCUGUUUUAUCUUCAACUGCAUCAUGGGAGCAGUGCUGCUCCUUCUAUCAGGCCAACUGCAUGUCCAGCCUCCACCACCACCUCCUCGUACCUCUGGCAUCGUCGUUUCGGGCAUCUCAACAUGCAGGCCUUGUCAACACUUCAUCGGCAGCAGCUGGUCACCGCCCUCUACACCGCCUUCCGACGACUCUCGCGACCCUCCAUCGUCAUCUCCACCCACAUCCUCCUCACUACCUCCUCCUACACACCCUUCUUCCUUGGACCCAAUCUCCCCUCCCUCUCCUUCCCCCACCAUACCUUCCUCCACCAACCCCCACCCACAAUCCCCAAACCUGCCCGCACCAGCCACAUCUUCUCCUCCUCCAUUGUUUUCCAACCUUCCUCUGCCCUCGACGCCGCAAGACUUUCACCUUCCAUCCUUCUCUCCUCCCUCUUCGCCUCCCCCUCCCCAUUGCACGACUCGCUCCUCCCCGCCAUCCCCUUCAGCUCUUCCCGAUCCUUCCCUUUUCUCCUUCCUCAAGGUCUUACCAUCCCCUUCCGAACCCAUUGA